AGGUGAUAUUGCUAGCAUGAUGCAGGUUCAACCACAAUACUCCUAUCACGAUCAGUUUCACAAUGAGAUGCCCGCGCAGUACCCGUACCCCCAAGAACAUGUCCAGCAAAUGCCCUAUCCUCGAUAUGACAUGAUGAAUCAACAACCGCCCAUUCCAGCGCCUGCUCAGCCCAUGAUGGGUCAAGGACAACCGAUGGGAGGGCAGCCCAUGAUGGGACAGCCGAUAGGAGGGCAGCCCAUGAUGGGACAGCCGAUAGGAGGGCAGCCGAUGGGAGGGCAGCCCAUGUUUCAACCACCACCAGCGCCUCCUGGAGCGUAUGCGAAUGGGUUGAACCCUCAGAAAGCCAGCGCGUCAUCGUCGAGUGGCAGGCGAGGCAAAGGCAGGCUCAUCAAAAAGGGAAAAUACUGGCCUGGGAACUGGUUGAAAUUGAUCGAGAUUGAGAAACCGGUGUUCGAGGCUGACCUAAGAGACAAACAGGCUGAAGAGACCAUGAUGCCCCAGCCAGCUCCUGCUCCCUCAAUGCCGUACAACCCCCCUCAAAUGUACCAGCAACCAGUUCAACAACCAAUGCAGCACGCCGCUCCACCACCUCCUUCCUUCGAGGGUCGAUACUAUGAGGAAGGCUCGAGUGGGGAGGCUCUUUAAUGGGCAUGUGGUACAAGAAAAUGACUGAAGAUGCCUAUCUCUCGCUCAGUGUUGGUGGUCUACAGUUUGAGUUGAUGUGUAGAAAACAAGACUUGGAAACAAGGAAAUCAAAAGCAAGUUCGAUUGCUCGUACGAGUUGCUAAACCUUUGUAUUCCUC